GACAUGAUGCUAAGCAAGGGUUAUAUGCCUGAUGUUGUUACCUACAGUAUCUUGAUUGACUGUUACUGUAGGAGAAAAAGGAUAGAUGAGGCGAUGAGGCUUUUUGAUGAAAUGCCUAGGAAAGGCUUGAUUCCAGACCAUUUCACAUAUAAUUCUCUUAUAAGUGGCUUGUGUAAAGCAAAGAACCCUCAUGCUGCAUAUAAGUUUUUCAAGAACUUGUGUGCUAGUGGCCAUUCUCCAGAUACGGUGACGUACAACAGUUUGAUAGAUGGCUUCUGUAAGCAUAGGUGUCUAGAUGUGGCAUUGUCGCUAUUUCAUGAAAUGCAGAAAAACUCAUUGAAGGCUGAUAUUAUUGUCUAUAGUACCUUAAUUGAUGGUAUGUUCAGAGUUGGAAAAGUUGAAGAUGCAAAGGAACUGUUUUCUAGACUGUCCAUAGAAGGGUUGCAGCCUGAUGUUUUCACAUACGCUAUAAUGAUCAGUGGCCUUUGUAAAGAAGGAUUACUAGAUGAAGCAUUCAAGGUGUUCAGGAAAAUGGAAGGGAAUGGUUGCUUGCCAGAUAGUUGCUCUUAUAACGUGAUCAUCCAAGGAUGUCUCCGGUGCAAUGACUCGUCCAUGGCAAACCAACUUAUUGAUGAAAUGGUUGGCAAGGGGUUCUCCGCCGAUGCCACCACCAUGGAGUUGGUAAUGAAUUUAGUUUUGAACAAGCCUGAUGAUCCUCUUGUGCAAAAGUUGCUAAGCUGCUCUAAACAUUCUCAAGUUGUAAACUUGAAGUGAGAUUUUAGGAUAGAACAACUGUUAUACUGUUGCAGGAGGUUUUUCUCAUAUUUCUAGUUAUGCCACUGCAAUUUGUCUUGAAAACGUGUUCUAUUUUCUGCAAUUCAAUCUUUAAAUGAUGAUUCAAUUCAGUAUUUUCUGCAAUUCAAUAUUUGUAUCAGACUCCUGCAUAUUGCCUUAGCAAUAGUAUCUAUUUACAAUUGCUUCAUUGGAUACA